AUGGCUGUUACAAUAAUUAUGAAGAGUAGCAAGGGGCCGAUAAUUGAUCCAGCUUUAUGCCGUUGUUGCCGCUCGAUUAAAAAAUGCCGUCUUUUGUCUUCGGAGUACGAAUGGAUGGGCAAGAAGGAGGUCUAUUCAGAUAUGUUAAUGGAUUGUUUUGGAUUACUUCUUUCCCAUCUGGAUGGUGACAGCAAAGACAGUUGCAUCUGUGCGACUUGUGUUGCCCGCCUUCGUGAAGCCAGUGCUUUCCGCCAUCAGGUCCUACAGUCCGAGGAGGUAUUUUUAAAUGCCAGACUUGAAGAAAAUAAAGAAGAUGGUGAUGCAAAAGCAUUAAUAGAGGUUAAGCCUGAACCAAUUGAUGGCAUUGACUCGGACACCCACAUGGAUGACAGAGAGGAUCUAAGCAUUGAACACCAAGAUUCCAAACCAAUAGCAAAGCAAUUAGACGCACAAACAAAGAAGCAAACACCACAAGAUGUGACAAGGCGCAGGUCGCUACGUUCACAUUGCGGUCAAACUGAAGGAACGGUUAAGAAAGAAAUGAUAGGUCGUAUGCGUGGCUUACGCUCCAAGCUGGACCGAAUGCUGGACACACCAGAAACAUCACAGAAAAACAAAUCGAUCUCAAGCAAACCAAAGAAAACAACAGACGAUCAUGAUCACAAGGCCUACGCGAAUACAGUAACAAUUGUCCACAAUUCGUACGUCUGUCCAUUUCACAACAGAGUCAGCAACUACUAUUGUUAUUAUUGCAAGGAUCAGUUCACCAAUCCAAACGAGCUGAGAGAGCACACACUGACCCACGACCCCAAGGAAAUGUUCGAAAGCAUGAUGGAGGGCAAGAAGAUACCGAAAAUUGAUAUCACAAGAAUCGAUUGCAGGCUGUGCCCAGAGAAAAUCGAUGAUCUGGAAACGUUAAAGAGUCACCUUACUAACGUCCAUGGAAAAGAGAUCCAUCCGAUCACAAACGAGUUUCUAAAGUUCAGGCUGUCUUUAAACAACCUUACUUGUACAGAGUGCAGUAGUUCGUUCCCUUAUUUUGAUAUGUUGAAGAAGCACAUGAUCGACCACUUCGGCACAUUCAUAUGCGAUAUGUGUGGGGCUUGUUUUCUUGAACAGAAUUCACUGAGAACUCACAUAAAGUCCCACAAUAAAGUCGAGGCGAGCUUCCCGUGCGAGAUAUGCGGCAAAAAUCUCAAGUCGAAGUACAGUCGUUACUUACACGUGGCUACCGUACACGAGAAGAAACCAACAGUCAACUGCUACAAAUGUGAAGACAGUUUCCUUUCAUACGCACUACGGAAUAAACAUUUAAUCGAAGUGCACGGUGAUAAACGCACGUUCCCUUGUAAAUUGUGUGAUAAAGUGUACAAUAGACGGAAGACGUUAAUGGAACAUAAUAGAAGGAAUCAUUUAAAAGUGUAUAGACAUCAGUGUGAUUUGUGCGAUCAGAGAUUUUACUUGCCGUCAAGACUGAAAGAGCAUAUGGCGACCCACACAGGAGAGAGGAACUUCUGUUGGUUUGUGAGGUUUUACCUAAACGAUGAUAAAACCUUUCAUGAUGAAAGAAAGAGCGACGGGCGGCGCUGUAUAGCACUUUCUACCAAUUCAUUUGUUUUAGGCAUCGACGAUGAUGAAUUUUCGGAAUCUGAAUCAUUACCUGAAGAUUUAAGUGAGAGACAUGUAUUAUGA